AUGGCGAAGUCCGGGCUCCUGACGGUAACCAGGGGCCGCCGAGGCGGGAGGGUGCCUGUUGGCUGGUUCUUCUUGCCUUCCUUCCUGUCCGUCGGGCGGUCGGUCGCCGAGCACGGAGAGCGAGCCGGCCGGCUGACAGUGUCCGGGGGCCGGGCCUGCGGUGGCGGCGGGCGGCCGGGACAGCGCCCGGGCGAGGACUAA